AAAAUGCCGUUCGACAUAUUGCUUUUGCAUGCAGCAUGAAUGCACUUAGCAGACCAUGCUAGCUAUGUUAGCCUUGGUGUUUCUGCCGUUGUGCUCUUUAGAAUACGAUUACCUGGGAUUUAAUUUUUAAUUUGACACCUCCGUUAUUGAUGUUACAGAAAAGUCUCUAUGGCAUAUUUUAAACGUAGAUGUUAUGAGCCAAUUCUUCGGUGGAUCAUCUCUCAAUGACAAUUCGAGGCGAUGUGUCCAUGAAACGUGUUGGAUUUUGUCACUUACCCCCGUAAACCCCUUUGAAUCAAUCAGUCAAGAUUUGACUAAUUACAGUUGGGGUACAUGAAAACAUAAACACACAAAGGAAAGGCUUAUUAACGUUAAAUUAUUGCGAAGAAGCUUUUUGACGAUUGAAGUUGAAGCUAUAAUCCUAGCAUGUUACCAUUUUCAGAAGGUCUCUCUUUUCCCUGAAACAUCACUUCUAAAUCAAACCAACCAGUUUGGUUGCAGUUUUCCUUUUACUCAGUGUUUUCACUUCUUUGAGUCUUUAUGACACUAAAGAUUGAGUUCAGUAGAUGAUGGGUAUGAUCUCCAGUUCCCACUGUCUCGCCUCCUCGAUGAGAAUUUCUCUGUGUUCAUGUUCUUCCUCCUUGUCUCAGGUAGACUCUGAGCCUCUCUCGUCUUUUAACCCUCUUUAAUCCUCUGCAGCAUCACAUGUGCUCAGCUGGCUCUCAGUGAAUCACAGUCUUGUUCUCGGCUCUGGGCCUGGCUGGCUCCUGAUUGUUUGAAGCUUGUUUCUACCUCAUUGUGUUUUAACAGAAAUCAGAAGAGGAGCUUCCCAUCACUUCACUUUGACCUCAUUCAGUGACAUUGACUUUCCGGAUCCUUACGCACCAGCUUCCUUGUUUUUUUGUCUUGGCGUGUUGAAGCCGGUGAGCCGCUCCACUUCGACAUGUCUCAGAAGUCACAGUCGGACGGCGGUCAGAAACACUUUGCUGUGGGCCAGGGCCUCCUGGCCGCGGCAGAGACCUUGAACUUCAGCAUGAAGGACCAGCAUCCGGGUCGGCAGAUGGGGGGCAUGGGUUCAGGGAUGGGGGUGGGCGGAGGCGGCGGCGUGGAUGGGCAUAACACCAAAGGCCUGAUGUCUCCACGUGGUGGCGGAGGAAAUCUUGGCAGCACCAUGAAGCUGUUUGCCAGUUUGGGGCUGUCGCCCUCUGACCUGGACGCUCUGGCUGAGAUUCCCGAGGAGGACAUCAGUGUGGAGACUCUGCCGCACAUCCUCAUGCAGCUCAAGCGGCGCAAGGCUGACUCGGGCGACCGGCGGGCGGCCUCCAUGUCCUCUGAUGUUGCGUAUCAAGGAGGACGGGACAGCUGGGAUGAGGGGCAGGGAGGGAGGAUGGGCUCUUCUUCGAUGGGUCAGGGUUCAUCUCGGGCCGCACCGUCCACAGACUUUGGGUUCAGUUCCAUGCAGAACGUCUCGCCCGGCCGCGGCUACGGCAUGAAUUAUAGCGCCGGUGGUGACGGGAGCAGAGAGCGGUUGUAUUCUGGCCUUUCCCGCCAAGACUCCUACGGCGGGCUUGGCAUGGGGCCGUCGCAGUCCAACUCCGUCUUUAUGCAGAGGAGGAAAGGCUCGCCGUCCAACGGAAAAGUCCAAGACUUCUUGGGAGUCUCACCCACCAUGUUCCCCCAUGUGUGCUCUCUUUGUGACUUUGACGUUCAUUCCAUCAUGGAGUGGAACCAGCACGCUAACGGACUCCGACAUGCAGAGAACAGGCGGAUGCUGCUGGAGAUGUAUCCGGAGUGGGACCCCGGCAUGUCGUCAGGCAGAGGCCGCGGUGUCUUGAACACGCCCAACAUGUCCGCCGGACUGCUCGGAGCCGCUCCCAUGUCUGCAGGGGGCGCCGGAGGGAUGUCCUCCAGCUGGGGAGGCGGCCCUGGUGUUUCAGGACAGGACCUGUCGGGACAGACAAAGCUGAGAGGCCGGGUGGUGGUGGUGAAAUACGACCGGAAGCCCCUCAGCAACAACACGCUGUUCGCCUACACCAAGCCGUUCGGACGCCUGCAGGAGCACCUGGUCCUCAAGAACAAGGCCUUCCUUGAGAUGAGCAGCCACGAGGAAGCCAUGGACAUGGUCAACUACUACCAGCAGAAUCAGGCCAGUCUGUACGGAAAACCUCUCAACUUCUACCUGAGCAAGAGGCUGCUGGUGAUCGAGAAAGACGAGCGCGCCUCGGAGCGCUCGAUGGACAGACCCGUGGACCGCGGCAUGGACAGGCCCAUGAGGAACAUGAAGAGCCACGACAGCAAGGUGGUGUUCUUCUCCAACCUGCCGCGGGACGACGGGGAGAAGAUGGAGCUGCUGACGGUCGCCGGGCGCUUCGGCUCCGUGGACAAACACCUCUUCCUGACCGACAAGGCGUUUGUCCAGCUGGGGACGGUGGAGGACGCCGAGAUGCUGGUCAAGUACUACAGCGUGAAUCCGCUCACCAUCAAAGGACGAUCGAUCCGCCUCAACAUCUGCACCAAGUACAAAACUCUGAAUAUAAAGUGGAAGCAGGGGGCUUCAGGAGACGCUCAGCAGCAGCGGGGCGGCAGAGGAAACACUGCCGCCUCCUCCAGAGCCAGGAGCUCCUCUGAACACAGAACCUCCAGGUCGUCCUCCAGCUCCCGGACCAGAGAGGACGACAAGAAGGAGAAGAGCGAGGAGAAGUCUUCGUCCGUGGCGGACAAGGACGAGGAGGACGAGGAGGAGGAGGAGGUGUCGGGGGUGGUGCAGGGGGGCGAGGAUGAAGGAGCAGAGGAGGCGGAGGAAGACGACCACGGCACCGACGGAGGCGACGCUGGGGGGGCGGAGUCAGGGAAGGAGGAGGAGCCGUCUGGAGAGCAGGAGGAGCAGGCCCCCGACGGCGCUCCUGAAAAUGUGGGCGGGGCCGAGACUAAGGAGGAGGUGGAGCCUGAGUCCACGGAGGCCGCGGCUUCGACUGACGAGCAGGAGAAGAAACAGGAAGCCAACGCAGAAGCUGCAGAGAGCUCAGAGCCGGCAGACGGAGACGGGUCGGAUCACCCGUUUGACGAGGACUUCAUGGAGAACAUGGAGGACUUUGUAACGCUGGACGAACUGGGCGAAGAGGAGGAGGAAGUGGAGGACGACGACUCCAUCGACCAGACAAAGCGAGGCGGUAUGAGGGUGGUCAAUAUCGUGGGCUUCAGACGAGGCUACAACUUCCUCAACGAGCUGCUGGGCCUCGCCAGGCCUUUUGGGAAGGUGAUCCGACACCUGGUGCUGGACCUCCGGCCUGAGGCCUUCAUUCAGUUCGCCACUGAGGACGAAGCUCGGGCCAUGGCCAAGUUUUACAACAGCAACGUGACAGCGUCGGUGUGCGGCCGGCCGGUGAGGGUCAGCCACUCCAUGAGCUACCCCACCAUCCAGUGUGGAUCCAGUCGAGUCGUGUACAUCGGACAGAUCCCCAGCAGCAAAUACUCGGACGAGUCCGUCCUGAAGCUGGCCAAGCCGUUCGGGAAGAUCCGCAAGUAUUUCCUGAACCGGAUGAGGAAAGAGUGUUUCAUCGAGAUGUACAACGCGGAGGACGCAGAAAAGAUGGCGGAGGAGUACAAGGCAAAGCCGCCGCGGUUCAACGGGAAGCGUCUGACGAUCUACGUGAGCAGGAAGUACCGACAGCUGAAGCACGGCCAUCAGCGUCCGGUCAGCCCCAAGAGGGAGAAGAGCGCAACGCCCGAGAGGACCAGCGAGGAGCCGCCAACCAAGAAGCUCAAAGAGGAGAAACCAGAGCAGGAGGAGGAGGAGAAGCAGCAGGAUGAGCAGCCACAGCAGCAGCAGCAGGAGGAGCAGCAGCAGCAACAGGAGCAGCAGGAGGAACAACAGCAGGAGCAGCGGCAGGAGGCUGAAGUGAGCGGCGAAGAGAAGACGGAGGAACCUUCAGCAGAGCAAGUUCCAACUGUGACGAAGAUCAGCUGCAAGGAGGAGCCCGAGGAGCAGAUGGAGAUCGGUCAGAACGGGCAGACUGAAGCCCCGCCCCCUGCGCCGGCAGCCGAGGUCAAACCCAGCACAGCGUCGCUGCCGCUGCCGCCGUUCGACCCCGAAAGCCCCAUUGGGGUGGAAUAUGUGAAGAUGGGUUAUUACUGCCGUGUCUGUUUCCUGUUUUACUCCAACGAAGAAACGGCGAAGAAAACUCACUGCAGCAGCCAAGGACACUACGACAAGCUGAAGAAACAUCUGGAGAAGGAGCAGAACAAACCAGAGAAGAAGAAGCUGAAGAAGACGACGACUUCCUGAAGAACAACCACUUUGUAUUUUGUUGAAAUUGAAAUGAUAGUUUUUUUUUUUUUUAAACUCACUUAUCUUUUUUGUGUUUUAACCCGAUUUCCAGGAACCAGACUUUGAACCAGUCUUUUUCACCUGUAAUGUGCUCGUCGUUUGGUGAAAGCAUCAAUUUGACUGUUUGGAUGUAAAACUUCACAUCGUUAACAAAAACGAAAAUCAUGCA